CAUGCUAGCCGGGGAUAAUAUCCUCGCUUUUGCCUCUUGAUCUGCAAAGUCUAAAAUAUUUACUGUCUGACCCUUUACGGACAGUUUGCUGACCCCAAUCCAAAGCCUUGCUAAACUCAUGAAUUCAAACUAUUAAAAAUAUUUUAUCUGUAGAUCUUUUGGAUUUGCCAUGUACAUAAUACAUCAUCAGUGAGGAAUGAUAAUUUGAUUUCUUCCUUUCCAAUUCUUUCAUCUGCUUUUCUUUGCUUGCUGCAUCUUAAUCUAAUUUCAGGAACUGAGAUUUUUCUUAGUCUCCUAGAUGUCUAGAAACCGGGCUGCACUCUUUAUAUGUGAAGCAAAUAAGCAACAUGUAAGAUGUCAGAAAUGCUUGGAAUUUGGACAUUGGACUUACGAAUGCACAGGAAAAAGGAAAUACCUACAUAGGCCUUCAAGAACAGCAGAACUAAAGAAAGCUUUAAAAGAAAAAGAAAACAGAUUAUUAUUACAACAAAGCAUUGGAGAAACUAAUGUAGAAAGAAAGACGAAGAAAAAAAGGUCUAAGAGUGUAACCAGCUCCAGUAGCAAUAGCAGUGACAGUUCAGCCAGUGAUUCUUCAUCAGAGAGUGAAGAAACAUCUACCUCAUCCUCCUCUGAGGACAGUGAUACUGAUGAAAGCUCCUCCAGUUCAUCAUCUUCAGCCUCCUCCACAAGCUCUUCCUCAUCCUCUGAUUCAGACUCAGAUUCCAGCUCUUCCAGUAGUAGCAGCACCAGCACGGAUAGCAGCUCCGAAGAUGAACCACCAAAAAAGAAGCAAAAGAAAUAGAGUCGCUCUACCUAUAUUGGACUGAUGGACCAUAAACUUUAAUCUGAUUCUCAAAAGGGAAUUUAGAAUAUGUUAAAGCCAAAUAGAUUAACUGGCCAAAAUUUUGAGAGCUCAGAAGUUUCUAAAUGUUUUACAUUGUAAGAGCAUAAAAAGUAUUAAUGAAAUAUAUAUAUAUACACACACACACACUUUUUUAUUUUAAGAGUGAAUCUUGUUUUUCUUUUUUAUAUUUAAAGUGUAUCUCUAACACUUAAUCAAAAGCUGAAAUCCAGUAAUUCUGUUUUUGUGGUAAAACUUAUUUUUGCCCUGGCCCACAUGGCUCAGUUGAUUGAGUGUCAUCCCAUGCACCAAAAGAUUGCUGCUUUGAUUCCAGUCAGGGCACAUACCCGGGUUGCAUGCUCAUUCCCUGGUGGAGGACAUGCAAAGACAGCCUGUCAAUGAUUCACUCUCACAUCAAUGUUUCUCUCUCUGUCCCUCUGCCUUCCUCUCUAAAAAAAAUCUUUAGAAUAAAACAAAACUAAAACUUUUCUCCCUGUGAAAACAAUGCUAUACUUUGUUAUAUGUUAGUGUUAUGUAUGAGACAUAUUUUCAGGAUAAUGCAUCAGAAUAUCUGGCAGUGAAUUUCUGUGUGUUUUUACGUCAGAUUUAAUACAUUGUUAUUAUAAGCUUAGGCGUCUUUGUUGAUAAAUGUGCUCUAUUUUUAUGUUUAUGUUCAGAAAGUUAUUUUGCCUUCUGUCCUAAAUGAAAAGUUCAAGGAACCUAUUAAUAUAUUUCUACCUUUUUGAUGGUACACGUUUCAA